AUCUCUGAUUCGGAAUCUUUUGAAGGCGACGACGUGGUUCUUCGAAGCCGCCAGCAGCACUACUCAUCAAGGAAUCCAUGUUCGUCGGCGUGUUUUACGGUCUUGCAGCCGUAUGUGGCCUGCUCUAUUUUUACACACGAUCCGCCACCGAGUCAAACGAUGAUCCAAAGUUUAAGAGCUUCCAGAGAACCUAUCUUAUUGUGUAUAUGAUGGCUGUUGCCGGUGACUGGCUCCAAGGACCUCAUGUCUACGCGUUGUACGAGUCAUAUGGAAUGUCUAAACAUCAGAUUGAAAUUUUAUUUAUUGCCGGAUUUGGGUCAAGUCUUCUCUUCGGAACCUUCAUCGGAUCGAUUGCUGAUAAGUUUGGUCGCCGCAACAACUGCCUGAUGUACGCGAUUCUGUACGGCGGAGCCUGCAUCACCAAACACUUUGGAAAUAUGCCGGUUCUCAUGAUUGGACGAUUUUUGGGAGGAAUCGCCACCUCGAUUUUGUACUCUGCUUUCGAGUCGUGGCUCAUUUUUGAGCACAAUACGCGCGGAUUCUCCGACUCUCUCCUGGGAACUGUCUUCUCCAAUGCCGCCCUCGGAAAUUCGCUGAUUGCCAUCAUUUCCGGAGUUGCUGCUCAAUUCGUUGCCGAGAGAUUUGGAUUUGUUGCCCCAUUCGACUUGGCCCUUUCUGUGUUGCUUAUCAUGGCUGUGAUAAUCAUGAACACGUGGCCAGAAAACUAUGGAAAUGAGAAGGCACCAGUUAAGGAAUCGUUCCAGAAGGCUACUCAGGCUAUCAGAGAAGAUCCCAACGUAUUCUGCCUUGGCCUUGUCCAAUCGCUCUUCGAAGGAUCCAUGUACACAUUCGUCUUGGAAUGGACUCCAGCCCUGUCCCGAGCCGCUGGCGAUGUCGGAAUCCCGCAUGGCUACAUCUUCGCCGCAUUCAUGGUUGCUACGAUGAUCGGAUCCUCGGUCUUCAAGCUUCUUCAGCAACACGAACGUCCUGAAAGCUUCAUGAGAUAUGUGCUCUUGCUCGCCGCGGUCUGUCUUUCAAUGCCGAUUGUUGCUCCGGACAGCCUUGCACUUGUUUUUGGAGGAUUUUUGGUCUUUGAGAUGUGCUGUGGAAUCUUCUGGCCAUCAAUGGGAUGCCUCCGUGGCACCUAUGUCUCCGAAGAGACCCGCUCCACGACACUGAACCUGUUCCGUGUCCCCCUAAACCUUAUUGUGAUAUUCAUCCUCUGGCAGAACUUCACCAUGAUCUCCAUCUUCAAAUUCUGCGUCUUCUUCCUCUUCGCCGCCUCGAUUGCUCAGCAUGCUCUUUUCAUCCGCACCGAGCACACUCCACGUCAUCAAAAGUUGCCGAUCAGUGUCGAGGAGGCCGAGAACUUGUGAUUUGUGAUAUGUAUCUGUACAUUUUUAGACGAUUUUUUUAAAAUGAGUAUUAUGGGUUUCUCUUGUUCUAUACGUAUUCCAUUCCAUGUUUGUUUUUGCUGGUGAUGCUACUAUUUUUGUGAUUUUAGAAUUGGAUAAUGAAAAGUUAUAAAUUAUUGUUAUUUUUUAA